CCCAUCAUCUAAUCUCUGUAUUCUUUGUCUCUUUGCCGACAGUACACAGCAACAGUAUGCCUUGGCAUCACAUGAUAUGAACAGUUCGUAUGUAGCAUAGUCUAAAGACUUUUAGCUGAAUUCCAAUUAUCCAAGACGGACCCAUCUCACCCAACGAAGUUUCCAUGUCCUUGAAUCGGCUGCCAACAACUCCGAGUGGGGACAGAGAUAGCUUGUUUGAUUAGCUGCAAAGCAUCACAGAAUUGAUGUGCUUUUGCUUCCAGCUCCAGCUUCAUCAAUGGCGUCGUUGAUGGUUUAUCUUUCUCCUGUUGCAGUUAAUUUAAAUUGGCUGAGCUGGUGGCGAGACUGCUGCGACUGAAUUUCCAAUGGAAUUCCGUCUCUCAUUGGUCCUCUUUCUGGUUUCUCUCCCUGCAAUUUUAGCUCAAGAUUUUGGGAAAACUAACAAUGUUGAAAAUGUUAAGGUUGUGGUUAACGGCAUUUUAGCUGUUGCACGAAUUGACAAUAACUUUGUCUGUGCCACUAUUGAUUGGUGGAACCAUGAAAAGUGUGACUACGGCCAGUGUCCAUGGGGAAAUGCAUCCGCAUUAAAUUUGAACUUAUCUCAUCCUUUGCUAGCCAAGUCAAUCCAAGCUUUCAAUCAGUUGAGAAUCAGAAUUGGAGGUUCCUUGGAAGACCAACUGUUGUACGAUGUUGGAAAUUUGAAAUAUCCUUGCCAUCCUUUCAGAAAGAUGAAAGGUGGCUUGUUCGGUUUUUCUAGAGGAUGUUUAUCCAUGAGUAGAUGGGAUGAGCUGAACCAAUUUUUCAGCAAAACAAGGUCCAUCGUCACAUUUAGCUUGAAUGCACUGUUGGGGAGGCACCACAAAGGCGGGGGAGUUUGGGUAGGAGACUGGGACUCUAGCAAUGCUUAUGAUUUUAUUAAGUACACCGUCUCAAAGAGAUACCAGAUAGAUUCAUGGGAAUUUGGAAAUGAGCUCAGUGGUAGUGGUGUUGAAGCUAGUGUUGGAGCUGGACAAUACGGAAGAGAUUUGAUCAAGCUUAAACGCAUCAUCAACCAUCUGUACAAUGAGUCCGUUGCUAAACCUGCACUUAUGGCGCCCGGAGGAUUCUUUGACCAAUCGUGGUUUGCCAGGCUUCUUCAGGUUUCUGGUUCUGGCACAGUCGAUAUCAUCUCUCAGCAUCUCUACAAUUUGGGUGCAGGUGUUGAUCCCAUGUUGGUGAAAAAAAUAUUGGAUCCCCAUUACCUGGACCGUGCAUAUGGGUCAUUCCAUGAUCUUGAACAAACUGUGAAAAAGAACGGUCCUUGGGCUUCUAUAUGGGUUGGUGAAUCUGGAGGGGCUUAUAACAGCGGUGGUCGUAAUGUGUCUGACACAUAUGUGAACAGCUUUUGGUACUUGGAUCAGCUCGGAAUGUCAGCAAAGUACAAUACCAGAGUAUAUUGCAGGCAGUCUCUAGUUGGCGGGAACUACGGUCUUCUCAACAGAACCUCAUUUGUUCCUAACCCAGAUUACUACAGUGCACUUCUAUGGCAUCGGCUUAUGGGACGAGGAGUUCUUAGUGCCGACAACAAUGGUUCAGCAGAUUUACGCACUUAUGCCCAUUGUACAAGAGGAAGAGCGGGUAUAACUCUGCUCCUUAUCAAUCUAAGCAAUGAGACUAAUUUCAUUGUCAAUAUUGAAAAUGUUUUGGACACCGAUUUGGGUGCUCAAGCAAGAAACGCUGGCAAAGAGAGUAAUUUCAAGCGCGGCCUGAAGAGAACGGUGUCAUGGGUUGGACGCAAAGCAUUAGACGAAGCAAUUUACAGAGAAGAAUACCAUUUGACACCGAAAGAUGGGGACGUCAAAAGCAAAACCAUGGUUCACAACGGAGCUCCAUUGGAGAUUACCAAGGACGGAAACAUCCCAGAAAUGGAACCCUCUCGUGUUGACAUGAAAGCUCCGUUAAGAAUCUCCCCGUUGUCCAUCAAGUUCGUGGUGUUGCCUUUCUUUGAUGCGCAAGCAUGUCUAUGAUUUUUGUGUACUCAACCAAACCAUUACUUAUAUUUGGUUGUUAGGUAGCAUACACCUAAAAAUUGCAGGAAUUUGGGGGCCAAUGGAAAUUGUAAAUUUUGUGCAAUAAAACAGGGGCGGUGUUAUCGACCCACCCAUGUUUACCUUUCACGCACCUCCUGUCAAUUUUUGCCCUGUGAUAAUCUGCAAUUCAUUUGAUCCGGAGGACGAAGAUUGUGAGGAGUGAGCGGAAGGUAAAACCCGCCAAAGAGUUCAUAUUCUCAGCACGUAUUUCAUGUGGAAGAAUAAGGGAAAUAAAGUCUUUGUAAAAAGUGAUGUUUUGUAUUCUUAAUCUUGUAUUCUUUCCUAUUCAAUUCGUGAGUUUAUAAUAAGUUACCUGUGUUUAUAA